GCGCGCGGCAGGCCCUCUCUCCCGCCUCCGCCGGCCGCUCGCCGACCCGCAGCCGCUCUCGGGCUCCGGCUGGGUCUCGCGCGCUCGGGCGCUGCUGGGUCUCUUCGUGAGAGACCUUGCGCCUUUCGGCGCACGCCGUACCCCUGCCUCGAGGCGCGGGGUCUCGUGGGCCCCGCUCCCGCCCUCCGCUCGCCUGGCCCGGACCGGAAGCGGCGCCGCACGGCCUGGGCCUGGCGCGGGGGGCGGGCACCGGGGCCCGGUCGGACAUGGGCAAGAAGCACAAGAAGCACAAGUCGGACAAACACCUCUACGAGGAGUAUGUAGAGAAGCCCUUGAAGCUGGUCCUCAAAGUGGGAGGGAACGAAGUCACCGAGCUCUCCACGGGCAGCUCCGGGCACGACUCCAGCCUCUUAGAAGACAAAAACGAUCAUGACAAACACAAGGACCGAAAGCGGAAAAAGAGAAAGAAAGGAGAGAAGCAGGUUCCAGGGGAGGAAAAGGGGAGAAAACGGAGACGAAUAAAGGAAGAUAAAAAGAAGCGAGAUCGGGACCGUGUGGACAACGAGGCAGAAAAAGACCUCCAGUGUCAGGCCCCUGUAGGAUUAGACUUGCCUCCUGAGAAGCCUCUUGCAAGCUCUUUAGCCAAACAAGAAGAAGUAGAACAGACACCGCUUCAAGAAGCUUUGAAUCAACUGAUGAGACAACUGCAGAGGAAAGACCCAAGUGCUUUCUUUUCAUUUCCUGUGACUGAUUUUAUUGCUCCCGGCUACUCCAUGAUCAUUAAACACCCAAUGGAUUUUAGUACCAUGAAAGAAAAGAUCAAGAACAAUGAUUACCAGUCCAUAGAAGAACUAAAGGAUAACUUCAAACUAAUGUGUACUAAUGCUAUGAUUUACAACAAACCAGAGACCAUUUAUUAUAAAGCUGCAAAGAAGCUGUUGCACUCAGGGAUGAAAAUUCUUAGCCAGGAGAGAAUUCAGAGCCUGAAGCAGAGCAUAGACUUCAUGGCAGACUUGCAAAAAAGUCGAAAGCAGAAAGAUAGAACAGACACCUCGCAGAGUGGGGAGGACAGCGGCUGCUGGCCAAGAGAGAGGGAAGACUCUGGAGACACUGAGGCACAAGGCUUCAAGAGUCCCAAUAAGGAAAAUAAAAAGAAAGACAAAGAUGUACUUGAAGAUAAAUUUAAAAGCAAUAACGUAGAAAGAGAGCAGGAGCAGAUUGACCGCAUUGUUAAGGAAUCUGGAGGAAAGCUGACCAGGCGGCUUGUUAAUAGUCAGUGUGAAUUUGAAAGGAGAAAACCAGAUGGAACAACAACAUUGGGACUUCUCCAUCCUGUGGAUCCUGUUGUAGGAGAACCAGGCUACUGCCCUGUGAGACUGGGAAUGACAACUGGAAGACUUCAGUCUGGAGUGAAUACUUUGCAGGGGUUCAAAGAAGAUAAAAGGAACAAGGUAACUCCAGUGUUAUACUUGAAUUAUGGACCCUACAGUUCUUAUGCACCACAUUAUGACUCCACAUUUGCAAAUAUCAGCAAGGACGAUUCUGAUUUAAUCUAUUCAACCUAUGGGGAAGACUCUGACCUCCCGAGUGAUUUCAGCAUCCAUGAGUUUUUGGCCACAUGCCAAGAUUAUCCAUAUGUUAUGGCAGAUAGUUUACUGGAUGUUUUAACAAAAGGAGGACAUUCUAGAACCCUGCAGGAGUUGGAGAUGUCAUCUCCUGAAGAUGAAGGCCAAACUAGGAUACUUGACACAGCAAAAGAAAUGGAGCAGGUUACAGAAAUCGAACCAACAGGGCAUUUAGACUCCAAUAAUCAAGACAGGCUUACAGCACUGAAAGCAGUAGCAAACUUUGGAGCUCCAGUUGAAGUUUUUGACUCGGAAGAAGCUGAAGUGUUCCAGAGGAAACUUGAUGAGACCACCAAACUGCUCAGAGAGCUCCAGGAAGCCCAGAAUGAGCGUUUGAGCACCAGACCCCCUCCCAACAUGAUCUGUCUCUUGGGUCCCUCAUACAGAGAAAUGCAUCUUGCUGAACAAGUGACCAAUAACCUUAAAGAACUUGCACAGCAAGUAACUCCGGGUGAUAUUGUAAGCAUGUAUGGAGUCCGAAAAGCAAUGGGGAUUUCCAUCCCCUCCCUGGUGGUUGAAAACAACUUUGUAGAUUUAACAGAAGAUUUUGAAGAACCUAAAAAGACUGAUGUUACUGAGUGUGGACCUGAUGAGAUUUGAAGCUAACUGGUAUUUGAUUAUAUGUUAUGUAUAUAUUUUUUUCAUUCUUAACUUGGAAAUGCUUUUUCAGAAGAUACUAAAUAUUUGUAAAUUGUGUUUUUAAUUAAACUUUGGAACAAUUAAUUUUAAUGUUCCAGAGAUUGGACUGCUGUUAGGUAAUAAAGCUGAACCUGGGACUGUGAGCUGUAUUGUGCAUAUCAGCUAAGUACCCCUUCACCUUUCCCUGGGGCUAAAUCUGAGGAUGAAAUGAUACAGAAAAGCUCAAAAAAUAAAACAGCCUUUUUAUGACCAUCCAUUAAAAGAA